UCAAGGCAUCAGUGGUUGGAGCUCAGUCUGUUGAAGUGGCCGGAUUUUGAACCAUGCCCCAGCCUGAGCUCCGGGACAGCUAAUACCACUGUGGGGAGCAGGGCCUUGACUAAAGCCUUGCAAUCUGCAGCUACAUACAGAGCAGAGGCACCGGCUGUACGGGAGCACCUUUGAAGACGGGGACAAGGAGAGACAGAGAAAUGAGUCCUGGGCACAUCCGCUCCGUGAAGACACAAAUCUACACACACGUGAAACUAUAACUGCAGGAACACAUCCCUUUUCACUACUGGGAACAAAGAGGGAGGCCUGGAGGGAGCCCUAGUUGCUGUUCAUCAAUCCAUCCAGCCAGCAGCAAUGCAGGGGCUGAUGUGGAGCCUGUGUGCCAUCCUCUGCCUCUCCCUCUGGGGGGAGAGCUACUGCAGGAGUUCCAGGGAAGCCCGCAGGACCAGAGAGCCUUCUCUCCAAAGGAGUAAAAGAGCUGCACUGGAUGCCGAUGCUAAAAAGUGUUCCUAUACAUUCCUGGUACCUCAGCAGAGAAUCACAGGUCCAAUCUGUGCCAGCACCACAGGGCCCGAGCCAGACAAAGACAGAGUGACGCGCAUGGACAUUGCAGAUGCGCGGGAGGUUCUCAACAAACAGCGGCGAGAGAUUGAGACUCUGCAGCUGGUGGUAGAUGUAGAUGGUAACUUGGUGAAUGAAAUGAAGCUGCUGAGGAAAGAGAGCAGAAACAUGAACUCCAGGGUGACCCAGCUCUACAUGCAGCUGCUGCAUGAGAUCAUCAGGAAGAGAGACAAUUCACUGGAGCUGGCCCAGCUGGAGAACCGCGUCCUGAAUGUGACCUCAGAGAUGAUGCGACUGGCUUCAAGGUACAAGGAGCUGGAGUCCCGGUAUGCAAUGAUGGCUGAGGUGGUCAAUAACCAGUCCGUUCUCAUCUCUGCACUAGAGGAGCAAUGUCUGAGGACACAGGGACGCGUUGACCUGCCCCCAGUUCCUCCACUGGUCAAGGUGGUGCCGCAGAACCUACCAGUAAACAACCGAUUCACCAAUGAGAUUCAAACACUCAAUAACAACCGCGCCUUCACGCGAGGAUCACACAGGGAGUUGCCUACUGCAAGCCCCUUCGGGAUUGAUCCUCCACCACCACAGGGAACACUUACCUCUGAGGGUCCUUUCAGGGACUGUUUCCAGGUGCGACAGGCGGGCCACACCACCAGCGGGAUGUACCUACUGAAGACAGACAACAGUGACCAGCUGAUCCAGGCCUGGUGUGAACAUGGCCUUGACAACGGCGGAUGGACAGUGUUGCAAAGAAGAAGAGAUGGCGCGGUUAACUUCUUUCGGAACUGGGACAACUACAAAAAAGGCUUUGGCAACAUAGAUGGUGAGCACUGGCUUGGGCUGGACAACAUCUUUAACCUGGCCAAACAGGGCGACUAUAAGCUGAUGAUAGAGCUAGAAGACUGGACAGGGAAGAAGGUGUAUGCCGAGUACAGCAGCUUCCAUCUGGAGCCGGAGAGCGAGGGCUACCGGCUGAGGCUGGGCACCUAUCAGGGCAACGCUGGCGACUCCUUCACUAGUCACAACGGCAAACAGUUCACCACGCUCGAUCGUGACAGGGAUGCCUUCUCUGGUAAUUGUGCCCAUUUCCAUAAGGGCGGCUGGUGGUACAAUGCUUGCGGUCAGACCAAUCUGAAUGGUGUGUGGUACAGCGGGGGAGUUUACCGAAGCAAAUUUCAGGACGGGAUCUUUUGGGAAGAAUACGGAGGUGGCUUCUACUCUCUCAAGUCUGUCCGCCUCAUGAUACGACCAAUCGACUGAAAUCUUAAACCAUGGCCCCCGUCAAUCACAGCCCCAGCUCCAGUUUGAUGUUCUUUGACUUAUUUAUGUUAUGUUAAAGACAGAAUUGGAAUUUCUGCUAUUGUAUAACAGAGCCUUGUAAAGGAGACGGGGGCACGGACAAUAUCAAUGCCACAAGUCUCUGUAGAGGCUGAGAUGAACACCAAUCCAAUUGCCCUCUCCAAGUAAGUGCUCUGCUCCACCCAUCAAUUUGGACAGUAAUGGCCCACCAUGCUCCCCGAGACCGUGUCGUUUCAAUCUCAAGUGUCCUAUUUUACUCUGUCUUCUUGAGACUCUAUAUAAUAAAGCAAAAUGGUCAUUAACUAAAAACAGAUUUCUUUUGAGCAGCUACUGUUGAUUUAGUGCGAAUAGUGCUCCCCAUACCACAGUGCACUUGAUUUAUUGAGACAUGUCACACACAGCAUGAAAAUUGAUGCUUUGACUUGUGUUAAACAGAACACCUGAAAAAUUAAGCCAUGACGGAAAGGCCUUAAUCUACAGUCCGAUACAGUUCGUAUCUGAGAUUUUCUGGACUCAUGGGGGUUCUUACAACCCCAAAAAGGGAAUGAACUUGUGUCAUUAUAUGCUUGUCCACUGUGCAUAUGGCUGAGCUGGCUCUGGUAUGUAAAUAUUGUUGGAUUUAUUUGUAAAAGUUAAUUUAAGAGGUACAAUUUAACUCAGGCCAAAUGUUCAGUGUUGUUACUCUGCCAUUAUUUGUAAUUUAUCAGUGUAUUUAUAGCAGGAGUACUCAAACAUGGCCAUUAUAUAUCUAUUCCUGUAACAUUUUUUCCACCAGUGUAGAUAUACAUUAGUAACACCUGAACAGAAACACACAAAAAUAUAGUAGAAAUAUUUCAGAGAGGAUGUGUAGUUGACUUGUGCAUGGAUAACAUGCAAGAUGUCCUGCCAGCCAUCCACAAUAAAAU